GCGACAAGCCGUCCUGGUCGUCUCCGCGAGGACUUUCCCCACUAAUUAGCGACUGAUCACAUACCCAACAGUCCCUUCUGAAUGUCCUCCCGCGCGCUCCGCAGGCUGCAAAAGCAGCGCGAGCAAGAGCUGCAGCAGGCAUCACUGCACGCCGAACAAGAAAAUGACAACUCAAGCGACGAGGAGCCGAUCUCUCGGCCGUCAAAGCCGAAGCUGAACGCUUUUGAUCUCCUGAACAUGGUCGAAGAUGAGGACGAGCAGGGAUCUGAAAACGAAGCCGAGUCGGAAGUCGAGGACGAGGUCGAGGUACCUGAGCCGGUGACUCAGCCGAAGAAAGAUGUUUCGGUGUCCGCAAAGCCAGCAGGCUCGGGAAAGAAGAAGAAGAAAAACAACAAAAAGAAGAAGGGAGCGGCGGCAAAGUCAGGGACCCCGCCAACUGCAGCGCCUGGGAAAGGAAAGCUGGACGAUAUUGACCGAGCGCUGAAGGACUUGGCCGUCGACCCCAAACAGGCCGCACGCUCCGGUGCCACGGCUGGCGCUGGCAAUGUUCGUGAUACUUCGUUCCCGAAGACGCCGGAAGAACUUCUUGCCAUAGACCCCAGGUCCCUCAAUGCAACAAACGAAAUGCGCAAGCUGUUCGGCAACGUGGUAUUGGAGAACUUCGACCAAGACACUGGCUCGGGCCGCAGGAGGGACAGAACUCAGGAGACGGUCGAUCUGGGCCAGGCAUUGACAGGGAGGUACAGCCCUGCAAGCAGGGGCCAGAGCCUGGCGGGCGUGACACUACGGCGGAAUGCCCUCAUGCAGGGCAGAGAUGAAUGGCCCCGGGCGCCUAGUGGCGGUCUUGGGAUGGAGCUCACUGAGAAACUUGCGGACGGUGCUACACUCUACAAGAUUCUCCAUAAUGCGACAUACACCGACAUACAGAGGCAGUUUGACAUGUGCGUGGAGUCGAUGGACCCUCAAAGGAUGAUCCACCUCCUGCAGUACAACCCAUACCAUAUCUCCACUUUGCUCCAAGUGUCGGAAAUAGCCAAGCACCAGGGUGACCACGCUGUUUCCGCUGACCUGCUAGAGCGAGCACUGUUUAACAUCGGGCGCUCGGCCCAUUCGUCGUUCGGUAACCUCCUGAAGCAAGGCCAGGCCCGGUUGGAUUUUGUGCAGAAUGAGAACCGUGAGCUCUGGCUGGUUGGGUGGAGGUAUAUUGCCAAUCUGGGGAUGAAGGGCACCUGGCGGACGGCAUAUGAGUGGGCGAAGCUCCUACUGAGCCUCAGCGAGGACGACCCGUACUGCAUCCGACUCCUGAUCGAUCACCUGGCCCUGCGGGGUCGCGAAUACGCCCACUUCGUCGACCUGGCCACGCAGACGCAGCUGAGCAAGACAUGGGACGCCCUGCCCAACAUCCAAUGCUCGCUCGUGCUGGCCUAUCUCCGACUCAACAAGCCCAAGGAAUGCCGCGAGCAGUUGCGUCGGGCCAUGUCCCGCUACCCGUGGGUGUUCUGCAAGCUGGCGCAGGAACUCGACAUCCAACCCAUGCCUAAGAGGAUCUGGGGCAAGAUGCCGCCCACUGCUGCACACGAGCUCUUCACCGAGCUCUACAUUACUCGGGCCAAAGAUCUCUGGAAUACACCCGAGGCGGUCUCCCUGAUCGUGGAAGUUGCCGACACGCUUGCUGACGAAGAAGAGCCCGUCGAGCCCCCGGAGAUCACCCUCGACAUUGCGCGCCACGUGGUGCUCUCGGAUAUCCCUCGGGUCACGACGCAUCUUCCGGGACGCUUUGUCUCUGGGCGGAUCUCCUCAUCAGACCCCCUUCCGCCGUACGAGUCGGAAGCCUUCCGCCAGCAAUCCGACCCCACCCCAUCCUACCUGUCCCAGGUACCGGACGUCGGACGACCCCAAUGGCUGCGGGACCUUCUUGACCAGCUGAACAACGGAGCCAUCCACUUCCCUCGAUUCCAACGGGACGGCGACGAGGAGGCGAACGAAGGCGAUGUUCCCGCAGAGGACGACGCCGAGGGCAACCAGGCGCCGGCGCGCCCGAGCGCCGACCAACAACCUCUCCUCGAGCAGUGGCUGCUGGCCGACGGGAUGCACACGCUGGAGGCAUUUCUCCAGCAGUACGGGGUCGAUCGCGGAAACUGGGGAGAGGUGCUCGAUUAUUCGCCGCUGACGGAGUAUGUGGAUGCUUUGGAAUCUAUCCAGCCGGAGUCGGCGCGGGAGAGGUUAUUGCAGGGAAGGAUUCGGGAGUCGAUGGGGGAUUUGGCGGUCGCGUUGCUGGAGGAUGAGCUCCAGCUGCUUCAGUAUGACGAGGAGGAGGACACUGCGUGAUAGAUACCCCGGUGAUGUUUCCAUCUGCGUGUAGCCUCGCAUAGUUAUGAAGCUAGAAGAGGAUCGGGCGAUGGGGAUUUCGAGACGUACUUUUGCAUAGAGCUUAUGUUUAGACUGUGGGGAUACUAAAAGCCACGGGAAACCGAAAUACCAUUUUACAAUCGAUGCCAUAUCUCGAGGUAUUCCCGAU